UUUCAAUUGUUUAUUUUCCUUCGAAAAAAUUUUAACUGCAAUUUAUUUUAACAAAAUGAACAAAUUAAUGAUUUAGUUUUAUAAAUGAUUGAGUCUGCGAAUUUAUUUUUAAAUUUUUUUAAACUUAACACUGACACGAAUUGAAAUUGAAAUCCAAAUUUGCUAUAUCUGAGAAUUAGUGUAGUCAUUGAUUUAGUAAGUUUAGAUUAGGUUAGUAGUAAGUCGAGUUUCACUCAUCUAUCAUCUCUCUUUGUUGCAUUACCAGUUGGAAAAUUGUACCCUAGAUCAGUGAAUACACCACAAGAGAUUUUCAUGUUAUAAUAAUCUUCUUUAAUUAAGAGAUACAACAGUAACUCAUGUUUUAAAGUUAACACGUCACACUGACUAGUAGUUCUAAAAGUAGAGUUGUUUAAAUUAAAGGCAGAUUAGUGUAGGUAAGGUAGUGUAGUGGUAUAGUAACAGACGACAUGUCCAGUCCUCUAGGAGAGAUUUCCACCGUCUGCCGUCUGAAAUGGGUCCCAGACAGUUUAUACAACAGAGCCAUCUUUGCAAUGACUUCAAACUAUGAAGCAUUCAAAUCCGAUGUCGACUAUUUGCCAGAGCCAGUUAGGUUCGACGUUUACCUCAAGCUAUACGACAAAGGCCUGCUAACACAGUUAGGCCACGAAUUAUCGAGACUCGAGGUCAUGGCCUGUAUGCUGAAGGCCAAGGACAAAAGACUACUGCUGCAUCGGUCGUUCCAGGCAAUAAUGGAUUACAGGAUAAAUGUUGCCAGCAGGCUGUCGGAAUGUUUUAGAGAGGAGUGUUUCAGACUCCACCUACUGCUGCCCCCAGCACUACUAUCAUCACCGCUCUCUUCUGAAAAUUAUUAUAGCAACAACAAGAAUAAUAAUUAUGAUUAUUAUUAUGAUAAUAAUAAUAAUGAUGAUGAUGAUAAAAAUGAAAAUAGCAAUAUUGAAAAUAUGAUUACUAAUUCUGAUACCACUACUACUACCACUACUUUUACUACUACCAUCACAACUACUACUACUACAACUAACAACAACAAUAAUAAUAAUAACAUUAAUAAUAAUAAUAAUAGUGGUAUAAUUAGUUGCAAAGAUACAAGUGAUGAUGUGUUCGCCAGAGUCGAAAGGCACAUAUACUUGGGGAUAAUAAUAAUGAUAAUAAUAAUAAUAGUAAUAAUAAUGAUAAUAAUGAUAGUAAUAAUAAUAAUAAUAAUAGUAGUAAUAAUAAUGAUAAUAAUAAUAAUGAUAGUAAUAAUAAUAGUAAUAAUAAUAAUGAUAAUAAUAAUAAUAGUAAUAAUAAUGAUAAUAAUAAUAAUGAUAGUAAUAAUAAUAAUAAUAGUAAUAAUAAUAAUAAUGAUAGUAAUAAUAUGAAUAAUAGUAAUAAUAAUAAUGUACUGAGUAAGAACAAGGAUUUUGUGAUGUUGCAAUGCCUAGUCAGGUUGAUGCACGUCCAGAAUUCAUAUUGCCUGUACAAAUUGUCUGAACUGACGUGGAAGAAGAUCCUGAAGUACUUGCGAUCUUUGGGCAAAUCCGGGUUCUCUAUAAAUAGAUCCCUGAUAUUUUCAGGGUUUAGUGAGCUGCUGUUUGCGCUGAGUAGCUAUGAAAAGGCAUACGAAAUUUCCUGUCUGGCUAUUUUAGAACUUACCAGUGGUUUAUCUCCAAAGGU